AUCCCAUUUUCCUUGAGGACUUUUUCGUCACAUAAAACUCCUCUCCCUUUCUGGAAUUCUCCAGCUACUUGUACUCCACCUCUUCUCAAUCUUCCAGGAACCGUCUGAGAGCCCAUAUAUCUACACACCCUUCCUCUUAUUUUCUCUCAGUCUUUCUGAUAAACUAUUGCCGGAGAUUCUAUCUUAAUAUACAGUAAUUUUUGCUAUUAUCGUCAAGAUUUUGCUUUGAUUUCAAUGGCUACCAAGGAGAACAAGGCUAUUGGAAUAGACCUCGGCACAACCUACAGUUGCGUCGGGGUGUGGGUGAACGACCGCGUCGAGAUCAUCCCAAACGACCAAGGCAACAGAACCACUCCUUCCUACGUCGCCUUCACCGACACAGAGCGGCUCAUCGGCGACGCCGCCAAGAAUCAGGUGGCGAUGAACCCACACAACACUGUUUUCGACGCCAAGCGCCUCAUUGGCCGCCGAUUCACUGACCCUUCUGUGCAGAGCGACAUGAAGCUCUGGCCGUUCAAGGUGAUCGCUGGACCAGGCGACAAGCCCAUGAUCGUAGUCUCGUAUAAAGGGGAGCAGAAGCAGUUCUCUGCCGAGGAGAUAUCGUCCAUGGUGCUGACCAAGAUGAGGGAGACUGCGGAAUCGUUCUUGGGUUAUCAAAUCAAGAACGCAGUCGUUACUGUUCCUGCAUAUUUCAAUGACUCUCAGCGGCAGGCGACUAAGGACGCCGGAGCAAUUGCUGGGCUCAACGUGCUGAGGAUUAUCAAUGAGCCCACCGCCGCUGCCAUAGCUUAUGGUUUGGACAAAAAGGCGUCAAGAAGAGGUGAACAGAACGUUCUUGUGUUUGAUUUGGGAGGUGGGACUUUCGAUGUGUCUCUGCUGACUAUAGAAGAAGGGAUUUUCGAGGUGAAAGCGACUGCGGGGGACACUCAUUUGGGAGGAGAGGAUUUCGACAACAGGCUUGUGAAUCAUUUCGUGUCUGAGUUCAGGAGGAAGCAUAAGAAGGAUAUCAGUGGGAAUGCAAGAGCUUUGAGGAGGCUGAGAACUGCUUGUGAGAGAGCCAAGAGGACUCUUUCCUCCACCACUCAGACGACGAUCGAAGUCGAUUCUUUGUUCGAAGGGAUCGAUUUUUACGCCACAAUAACAAGGGCGAGGUUCGAGGAGUUGUGUAUGGAUCUGUUCUUGAAGUGUAUGGACCCUGUGGAGAAGUGUUUGAGAGAUUCAAAGAUUGACAAAUCUCAGGUCCAUGAGGUGGUGCUUGUUGGUGGAUCGACUAGGAUUCCCAAAGUUCAGCAGCUCUUGCAAGACUUCUUCAAUGGGAAGGAGCUGUGCAAGAGCAUUAAUCCGGAUGAGGCCGUGGCCUACGGCGCAGCUGUGCAGGCAGCAAUCUUGACAGGGGAAGGCGAUGAGAAGGUUCAAGACUUGUUGCUCCUUGAUGUCACUCCGUUGUCUCUUGGCCUUGAAACUGCCGGUGGAGUUAUGACAGUGUUGAUCCCGAGAAACACCACCAUUCCCACCAAGAAAGAGCAAAUUUUCUCUACGUAUUCGGAUAACCAGCCCGGUGUUUUGAUUCAAGUAUACGAGGGCGAACGUGCAAGAACUAGAGAUAACAAUCUUCUUGGUAAAUUUGAGCUCACUGGCAUCCCCCCAGCGCCAAGAGGCGUCCCGCAGAUCAACGUGACUUUUGACAUCGAUGCAAACGGUAUUCUAAAUGUGACGGCAGAGGACAAGACGGCCGGUGUGAAGAACAAGAUAACGAUCACGAACGAUAAAGGAAGAUUGAGCAAGGAGGACAUAGAGAAAAUGGUUAAGGAUGCCGAGAGGUACAAAGCCGAGGAUGAGGACGUCAAGAAGAAGGUGGAGGCGAAGAACAGUCUGGAGAAUUAUUCCUAUAACAUGAGGAACACGGUGAGGGACGAGAAAUUCGCAGCAAAGUUGGAUCCGAGCGACAAGGAGAAGAUCGAGAAGGCGGUGGAGGAGACUAUUGAGUGGUUAGAUAGGAAUCAGCUGGCUGAGGUUGAUGAGCUAGAGGAUAAGCUGAAGGAAUUGGAAGGCAUUUGUAAUCCAAUUAUUUCAAAAAUGUAUCAAAGCGGAGGUGGUAGUGAUGGUGUGCCGAUGGGUGAUGGCAUGCCUGGCGGCGGAACAAGCAGCUCCGGCGGUGGUGCAGGGCCGAAGAUUGAAGAGGUUGAUUGAGUAUGAAGUUGUUUUGAGGGUCUUUGCUUAAUGCAGUUUGCUUUGUGUUUUGGCUACUAUGUAAUUUGUUUCCUUGUUCUCUCGUUGGCGAACUGAACGCGUAGGUUCUGUAGAUGUAAUAACAUGUAGAAUGUAAUAAACAGGUUGGCAGUUUUGUCGAUGAGUUCUAUUGAAAAACUCUUAUCUCAA